AUGUCAAAGUCUUGCGAGUUGAGCCGUCGUUCCUACAUCUUGUUCUUUACGCACAUCGCCGGCGUCUUUGCCGCCUUGACGAGCUCAGCUCGGGUUCUGGCACAGCAACAAACAAACAACCAGACCGGGCUAUUUUUGCUCAAGCUUGCGUCAACCAACGAGACGCUCAGCGGCAACUACCCUGGUGCCUGCCAUGCCGGUGCUGCUAUCGGGGCUCUCUGCCUUAUCGGCAAGAACGUGUCGGCUAUCAACAGGUCGGCGGCGACGUUCUUCUGGAACUACACCAUCUACGACGGGCAGCCCUCGGAAGCCGGCUCUCGUCUAGACCCUGCAACUGUCUGGAGGCAUCAUGAACGUGUCGGAGCCCCUCUGUUUGUGGGGAGCUACUACUACAAUGCGCUCGCGUGGGUCACUAGCGGCACCCCGCACAACCCGACGUGCCAAGCCGUAGGCGUGUUGAAGGAGGAUGCACUAGAAACCUCGGUCGAGGCCGAGGCUGAAGCACCUGAGCAGGAUGAAGCGGAAGAGGAUGAUAACGACCAAGAGAAGGCUUGACGGGUGUAAUACAUUGAUCAAUGGGAUGGUGGAUGGCGCCAUGGUGGCAUAGAGGUGGGAUGUAUAUGGUAAUUGCUAAUGUCUUGUGUGUGUUGGGAUCAGAAGUUAUUAGAGACAGGAGUACAAACAUCGGAACAGAAAUGAAUCAACAGAGUUGAAC